AUGAGUGAAGAUAAGGGUAAAUCACCCGUGGAACAACCAACGUCAUCAUUGACAUCAACUUCUGAAAUAAAAGUUCUCUAUUAUAUUGAUGAUCAAGAUCUACCUUAUUUAACAAAAUUAAAUGUAACUGGUUUACCACGUUUAAAAGAUUUUAAAAAUGCUCUUGAUCGUAAUUGUUUAAAAUAUAAAUUUUUCUUUGCUACAAAUGAUUCAUUUAUUGGAAAAGUUAAAGAAGAAAUUAUUAAUGAUGACCAAAUUUUACCAUUGGAUACACAAGAUUGUAUUCUCGCUUAUCUUGUUUCCAUUGAAGAUAGUACAACAUUAAGUGGUAUUGGUGGUGAAGGAGGAGGAGGAAAUAAACAAUCCAAACAUCCUGAUCAUUAUCGAGAUGAUAGAAUAUUAACAUCAACACCAAAUAGUUCAUUUAAUAUUCAACAACCAUGUUUACAACGUAUGAGUCGACGUUAUGCAUCAACAAAUAGUGCUGAUUAUCAAAAAUGUUUUGCUAAGCAAUGA